UCUAUAGGAUAUUUAUAAAUAGACAUUUAUAAAUAGACAUUUGUGCAUUAAUGAUUGUUUUAAGAGUUUGAUAAACACUGGAGUUACACAUGAGAUCUAAGGCAACGUCACCAUGCAGAGAAGGUGUUGUGUGUGAGUGGCUCGGAUUCUACAACAUUGCAUGGUUUGUGGGUGCGUUGGGGGAGAAGAUUGUGGAGCUGUGCUACUUGUGUGUAGUUUGUAAAGCAACUGUGCGUUUGCUUUAAGGGACGCACGCAUCGUUGAAUGCAGAUGGUUGGUUGCAGGAGGCACAGAAGAGGAAAUGGUUGAUGCAGCGAAUGCCUCUGCAUUUGCAUUUGCAUUUGCAGUUCGAAGUCAUACCAGCUGGGAUUCUAGAGGUCCAGGGUUUAGGAGCCACAGUGGCAGACAUGCAGCGGGAAACUCUGAAUGGGGUGGAUCUUGUGAUUGGACCAGGCAACCAUUUUGAACCGAACUUUUCAUAAUUUUGGUGAUUGCAGUAUUCUGCAUCCUUUUCAGGUUUUAAACCCUAAUUUGCCAACAGAUAAUGUUUUUUUCGGAUAUCACCUCCUUGAUGUUGCGAGUAUCAGGUGGCUCACAACUUUUGAUCAGUUUACCUUCGACGGGUUGGGUUUUAUGUGGUGGAUGCAAGCAUUGGUUGGUUAUCCAGACUAUGAAGUGGCAGGGGAAUUGCCAUAUUUUAGGGGCAAAAUCUCUUUGAUUUAGAAGCCGAGGAAUGAAGUGACUGUUGUCUGUUUUUGAGAUUCUAAUCCUCAAUUUAAUUUUCUGCAAGGAGCAACUUCCUGGGCUUCCUACGCAUGGCUUGCAAUGCUCGACGAAAAGUCCCAAAUCUCAGAGAACUUGGUCCGCUUCUGUUUUUAUGGAUUUGUUGCAGAGACGCUUACAGCUCUUACUAUGGACUCAAUAAUUUUGGACCAAUGUCAUCAAGGGUUUCAGUGUAGAAGAAACAAAGCGGAAUGGGGUCAGCAAUCAGUGGUACUUGAGGCGGACACAGCAAUAUUGGAUGAGAUUGACUCAGGCCUAGACCUUGAUGCCCCCCACGAAAUGUUUCAACAGCAGAUGGCUUGAAUAAGGGUGUCAAAUCCAUGUUUAUGAUAACUUAUUACCUGCGAUUGUUGGACUGUGUUACUCUUACCCAUGCGCACAUUAUGGUGAGAUUACGCCACCACAAAAUAGUUCUACUGCAAUAGUUUGUUGAGGAGGAGUAUUUGAUUUAGCUAUGUAGCAAGCAUACUCAUUUGCAAGGAAAUUUUAGCUGGGUAUUUCAUCUGCUGUGUAUACUGGAGACUUGUAGUUCAUUCCAAAGUAGACACAUCUUUGGGGUUUAGUUUGUGAGUCUGCUGGGUGUAGAUUUAGAAAGCAUAGAUAAAACUUAUAAGAAAAUUGUCUAUUCUAUUGAAAACAAAUUUAUUAAGUAGUAUGAAAAUUUAGCAAAGAAGCAAAUAAAAGUCUUCAACUUUUUUA